AUGAAGGAUACAAACGCGAUGGGAGAAUCGACACCGAUUUGCCGUUGCCGAGUGCUGUACCUGGGCAGUGCCGUGCCCCGGCAAAGCAAGGACGGCUUGCAGGGGAUACAGGAACCGUUGCGAAGCCUUUACCCCUCUGAGGGUGCUAUCGGAGCGAAGGGCAUCGACUCGUGGCUGAGCGUCUGGUCGAAUGGCAUUCUGCUCGAGAACGUGGAUGAAAACCGGAAGCAAGUGACGCGAUUCUUCCCGAUCGAAUCGCUACACUACUGUGCCGCUGUACGGCAGGUGUUGAUUCCGGAGCGUGGCAAUAACAAUCCGGAGCCGAAAUUUCUUCCCCUGGACUCACCGUUUGCCCGUACCCCACGUGCCCAGCAUCCGCCAAUCUUCGCGGCCAUCUUGCGGCGCACCACCGGCAUCAAGGUGCUCGAGUGUCACACGUUCAUCUGCAAGCGGGAAGCGGCCGCAAAUGCGCUGGUUCGCUGUUGCUUCCAUGCAUACGCUGAUAAUUCGUACGCCCGGCAGCUGGAGGGCGGCUCCGGAAGUGGCAGCUCAAACAGUGUGUACGGCACGAUCGGUGGCAAAUCGAAUGGUACGGCGGAGGGCUGGCGGUCACGUGCCGGUAGCACGACCACGCUCAACAGUGUCGGUGUCAGCAGGCAACCAAUUAAUGGCGUCGGCGAUGCGUACACGGUGAAAAAUCUUUAUGCUAGCAGUGCGGACCUAGAGGUGGUGGACGACGGUGAAAGCUCACUGUACAAUGGCAACGAAAAUCACAAAGUGUGGAACGGUUCCACCGAUCAGAUCGAUGGCAUCGGCUUUGGUAACGAUGGUCACUACGAUAUCUACUCCGGCCCUGGUGGUCUCGGUGGCAGCACUGGAGGCGGCGGUGUCGGUGGCGGUUCAACGCUCGGACGCCCGGCACGGGUGCGCCAGAUAAGCGCCCCGGUGCCGGUACCGCCGCCACCGAAAGAGGAACCGAAAAAGUCCAAGAAGGACAAGAAAGCGGCCAAGAGCACAGCGGCCCUGCAACAGGUCCAACAGCAGCAGCAGGUAGGAAGUCAAAGUUUAUCCGGUACGCUUAUAAGACCACGUCCCAUGCACAUGAAUCCACUAGGUCGGCCGGCUGCCGGUCCAGCCUCAGCCAACUCUGCCGCAGCAAUGGCCGCCGCAGCAGCCGCACAUCACGGCAUGAUGAUGUACCACCACCAUCCCCAUCACCCGAUGGCGGGCCAUCCCGGUUCCGGUCCACCGCCGGUACCGGGUCGGCAGUUCCACACCAUCGGUCACCGCAGCAUGAACGGCAGUGCGGCGGCAGCAGCGGCGGCAGCGAUGGCCGCUGGUCUACCUCCCCAUCCCAUGCUCCAUCCCCAUGCCCAGAUGCACCCAGCGAUGGGUAUCCCUCAUCCCGGUAUGCAUCCCCACGCCGGCAUGACUCUGCCGGCAAUGAUGAUGGCACCCCAGUACGCGACCCUGCAGCAUCCGCGCACGAGCAAAAAGAAGAAGGACAAGGGCAAAACGCUCAACGGCAGCAAUGGCAGCAUCCCGAUCGGUGUGCCGGUCGUACCGCCGAUGUUUGCCUACCCGCCACAGCCGAACGGAAGUCUGGGCGGUGGGCCCGGCUCGCUCGCGGACAGUCGUCCACUGUCGAUGAGCAACCGGAAGCUAGCACAGUCGGCCGCGGCCGGGUUGGACGACAUGUCGGGCAACUCGGGAGCGGAAUCACCGGGCGGUACGGGCAUCUAUCGGCGCAAGGGGCACCUGAAUGAGCGCGCCUUUAGCUACUCGAUUCGACAGGAGCAUCGCAGCCGCAGCCAUGGUUCGCUCGCUAGUCUACAGUUCAAUCCACCCGACAUGAAGAAGGAGCGCGAGAUCGCACAGAUGGUGGCCGGGCUGGAGCUGAACGAUGAUUCGACGUUAAGACGCCGCUCGGAAGUAGCCGGUUCGUCCGGAACGUUCGGUAAACCGAGAAGAUGA